AGUGAAACUAACCCGGUUUCGAAUCUUUUUCUCCCACCCAUUUCGCUUGCGAUAUGAAGCUUGCAGCAUUUCUUUCUGUCACCGGAAGCGUCACCAUGGCAGAAUGCCACCGGUUCCGCGCAGAACUGGCAAGCAAGUCCACCGCGCUGGAAAGUGAAGGUGACGCCUUCAAUUUCCUCCACCUGGGAGGCUCUUUCACUGACUGCUCGUCUCCCACUAUUUUGGAUGCCAAUUCCAUGGGAAUCACAAGCUUUCAGGGUGCUGCCCAGGCAUGUACUAGCAGUCCCAACUGUUCCUUCUUCAUGUUGAAUACGGACGAAGGAAAGUUGUACCUUUGCCCGGAAAGUAAAGGAUUUCUUCACGCCUCUCCGAGCUCAUCUUGGAUCAUUGGUGUGAAGCCAUCCGCUCUCGACAGGGCUGGCUAUAAAGUCUCACUCAACAAACAAGCAAUUUGCACGAGCGCCAUCUCGCAGGAAACGGUGACUUCUAUCGAUGAAGCAGAAGUGAUGGCCCGAAAUCUUGGAUCUGAUGUGUUUUCUCUCAACCUGAACAAGGGAACGGCUGCCGGACCGUCUGUGCCUUCUAUGACCGCCAUCUUUUGCCGUGGAGCUUCCGAAUACCUUGACAGAAACGGUUAUGUGACUGAAGAAACACGGGUGGGAGCAGGGCCCGGUAGCCCAGCAGUACGCCUAAACAAAACUCUACCGAUUGAACCGAAAAACGGAAAGAAAUGAACACUUGCAGAGCAUCACCGCACCAUGUGGGCUAAAUGGAAGUAUACAGCCCGACACGGCGAAAGUCCAGCAGGGCAUUUACCCAGGAGAAAUCGUACCUGCGACACGUAUCUCGGGAACGGAAUGAGAGAAGAAAUGUGCGUGCAACUUAGUUGCCUCGCAAUGCAGGACACGCAAACCAACAACAGGCAAGAAAAAUGGACGCCUACGAGAGGAAUGCGUCGCCAACAGAUGUAAACAAUACUACAAACGGCCUAGAAAUCUGUGACCCUUCCGUUGUGCGACCAGUCACCAUGGGCCGUUGGUUCGGGGCCUUCGUAUUUGAAGCCAUACUCGGGUUCCUUCAACACGCCACCGGAUUCUUUUGAUUGUGGUCCAACCGUUUUGCUCUCUUGCUUGAGAUGAGCUUCGUGGCGAGCAGUGCCUUCAGCCUUUUCAUUUGCAUGUGCAGAACACUCACCCGACGCCGCACCUGACCUUGGUGCAGAACCGUUCCGGUUAACGCGGAAAAUUUUUUUCACAAAA